AUGGCGUUCGUGUAUCGAGCUCGUCGGUCGACGGGCAUGUCGAGCACGGCGACGUCCGAGUGUCGAAUCCCAAGAAGAGCCCAGAAGACGCUCCACAUUCAACACGUCUCUCCCGACGCCCAACCCCCGCAGGCGCUGGGUCCUGGGUCGUACGGAGGCGCCCGGGAGCAUAAAUCCACCCGCGGCGCCCCCUUCGGCACCGCGAAGCGAGAUACCGGCAUGGUCCGGCCCGGGCGGGUCCCCGGCCCCGGCGCGUACGGAGACUGGGCACUGUCGGUCACGGGCAUCGGGGCGCAUCGCCCUUCGACCGUCUCCAAGGGGUUCGGGGGCGGGCCGAGGCUCGCGCCCGACGCGUCGCUCGCAUCCCCGGGCCCGGGGACGUAUUACGAUCACGGGGCGAACCUCUGGAUCAAGCGCGUGGGAUCCGGGAGGGAAGGCCCGUCGUCCCGCUCGCGAGGAAGCCCCCAUCGGACGCUCUCCGCGACGACGACGACAUCGUCGUCGUCCACCGCGAGGCGCGCCGAGAGAUCCAAGACGCCCGGAGCGGCGAGACCGCCGUCCGCGACCCCGCCCAGCAUCCCGUCCCGCGCGCGGAGCCACGGCUACGUGGACCCGUCGCCGGACUCGGCAUCGCGCGACAUGAUCCCCGCGCCGGUUCCACGCGGGCGGGUGCACGCGUACGACGGCGUGGGCGAUGACCGCAUCGGACCAGACAGGUACUCGCCGACGAUGACAGCUGUGGAUGUUUCGCGAUGUACGGAUUUCGCGUCGUCGCGCAGCCGCCGGGCGCCCGUGCCCGCGUCGCCCCGAAGAUCCCCGGGCGCCAGGCACCUGGACGAGGUGACGACGAGGCUCGCGCCCAUGGCGUACGCGGGAGGCGCGGACGAGCGCGACGCGGCCAACGAUCCAUCCAAAGAAUCCAAAGAAUCCAAAGAAUCCAAAGAAUCCGUCGACGAGAAAGGAUCCGUCGAGUCUCCCGAAAAGGCGUCUCCCUCGGUCGUCAGAGGCGUGCCGUCCACCGCGGGCCACGUGGCGGUUCGCAGGGGCAGCGCGUCCGACUCCGGUCGCGCGCGAAGGCGUCGGAGCGCGGGAAUGCCCACGCCGGGCCCGGGCGAAUACGCCGGCGCGGCGUCAUCCGGCUUUGACAGGCUCCGUUCGCCGUCCAGGCUGGAGCGGCUCGGGGGAUCGGAGCGAGGUCGACGGGGGAUGGAGAGCGCCAGGGCGCACGGCAGGUCGUCCGCGUGGGACGACGACAUCGCGUCGCCGGGCGGCGGCAAGGGUGCCGAGGGUGCCGCGGGUGUUAAGGGUACGACGAGGAAGCCGCCGCCGCUCGCGGUGGAUGCAACCGGGCGACUCGAGGACUCGGCCGGGGACGUUUCUGACCGUUUCUCUGACCGUUUCUCUCUCCGAACGCGCCGCGCGUCCUCCGCGAUGGGCCGCCGCUCCCCGCUUCCGCAGACGGGAUUCGGAACCAGCGUGAGGUCCAGUUUAUCCGCGGGGGCGCACUCGCCGGGCCCGGGCGCCUACGACGCCAUCGUCCCCGGAAUGAACUCGCCGUCCCCGUCGAGUCGCAAGGGCACCUUCGGCCGGUCGCUCAGCGGCGAAAACCUCAGCUCCCUAACUCCGAGCCCAGGGUCGGACAGUCCGGGUCCCGGCGCGUACGAUUCCCCUUCGGGACGUAAGACGCCAUCGUCGCCGUCCACCAGGUCGCACCAGGUGGCCGGCUUCGUCACCGCCGCGAGAAAAAAUGUCGCAGGGGCCGGAUUCGUCAGGGGCUUGAGCGCCGGCCGAGUCUCGCUCGAUUCGGACGACGGCGCCGCGCGAGAGAGGACGCCCAACCGGGGGUUCGGGCGACAGGCGGCGCGGGGCAAGGGCGACGCGCCUGUACCCGACUUUCCGGGUCCCGGGGCGUACGACGCCGAGUACGGGACAAACGACGCGUGGGAGCGACGCAAACGGGCGGGCGUCGAUCGAUCAGCGACGCUUCGAACGACUUUGCUUUCGAAACAUAAUUUUGAAGCAAAGUCCCCGACGCACGGCUCUCCCGGACCGGGGCACUACGAUUGCGUCGGGUCCAACUGGCGCGGGGGCGCGGGAGGCGGGAGGAGCGGCUUCCGUAGCGGGUCGGAAAGGGGAGGCGAUCCGGCGUUUACCAGCCCGUCGCCCGGUCCGGGAUUGUAUUACCCGAGGGAUACCAUCGUCAGGCGCUCGCACAACGUGACCGCGAGGUAG